AUGGUUGGAAAACGGGCUGGCAGGUCUCGAUCAGCUCAGGCUGGCGAAGUGUCUGACUCGACAUCGUCAACUCCUAAUGGUGACUCUGGAAAUAGCUCGAGACGGUCUCGACGACAUGCUAGCAGCUUGCUAGAGGGCGAUGACGAGAUGACUGAGGAAAAUGACACCAGCAGACCUCACGAUGAAGAUUCUGCUGAUAAUAGUUCUAGCAUAAACAAUAACAGCAGUAGCAAAGAAAAGGGCAUAUCAAGUACACCAACUCGACGAAGGACGAGAAAAGGUACUGAGGGUGUUGCUGAUAGUGUUUUGGUGGCAGAAGAAGCCACUUUAAGCUCGACACCAGUGAAAUCACAGGUUAAGAAUGAAGAUGGUGAUGAUACUAUUGGAGAAGACGAAAUGAAAUUAGAAUACGAUAAUGACAAUGAAAAAGAAGAUGAAAUCGUACAUGACGCAGAUGUCACUAUUGAAGAAGAAGGAAAUACCACCAAAGAGCUUAUGAGUGAUGAAGAAGCAGAGCCAGAGGCUGAUCUUGACCCUGAGCCUGAGGCCGAACUUAAGAAUGAGCCAACUGGAAAAGAAGAACAAGAGGAGGAAGAAGAUGAUGUAGAAGAAGAGCAUAUUGGACGACGAGGUAAACGGGAAAAACGAGAGAGAAAGACUAAAGUCGAACCAGAAGACGAUACAGGAGCAGCUGGUGACGACGAAUCGCAUGAAGAUACUAAAGAUAGCAUCGAUCCAGCACCGAGACGACGUGGUCGUGGUCGUGGCAAGAGGCGAAGAAAGUCUCCAAAUGAAGAAGAUGUUGAGUUGGAUGCUGAUGGUGAUACUGAAAUGGUACCAGCGGAGCCAGAGCUCGAACCAGACCUGGAAGAUGCUGAUGAAGCCCAAGCUGAUGGGGCAUCUGAUGACAUCCCUGAAGAGGGUGAAGAAGAUGCGGAAGGUGAAGACUCAUCAGUCACUCGAUGUAUCUGUGGCCAUCAGGAACUGCAAACACAUCGCAUUAGUAAAACUAAGCACAGCUCGAUCGACUCUGGUCUGUUCAUUCAAUGUGAUCAGUGCCAAGUCUGGCAGCACGGAUUCUGUGUCGGAUUCUCGUCAGAAACUGAAGUUCCUGACGUUUAUUACUGUGAAUGGUGUCGACCGGAUUUCCAUUUAGUAGUGGUUCGACCAUGGGGUAAGACGUCAAGUUACCUUCCUCAUGCUGAUCCAAAUGCCAAUGCUGCUAAAGAAGAUGAUGGUUCGUCUGUGUCUAAUGGUAACGACGAUGAACACAGUAGUGGUAGUCGGUCAAGUAGGGCUCAACGACAUAGGAAAGAUCUCAAUGAACGAGAUGGUUAUUUUGACAAAAAGGAAAAAGACGAGGAUACCUCGAUUUCCAGUAUAGACAAAACAGCGUCGAAUGGCAAUGUCGCUAAAUCCGUUUCGUCACCAUCAACACGGUCAAGACGGUCAGCUGCUGCUCAGGGAUCACCAACCGUAAUUCGAACUGCUCACGAAGAAGCUGCUCAUCGACGGAAAACACUCAACUCGUCUCGAGACAUGUCAUAUGAAGAAACAUUGAAACGAGUUUUAGAGGAAUCUACAUACGAUAUUCAACCACCUAAUGCAUCUGCAGCAAAUGAUAGCGAUUCUAAUACCACCACCACAACCACAUCGACGACUCGACGUCGACGAAACAACAACUCAUCACAAGCUUUACUCGCAGCCGAAGCAGCUGAACGAGACCGGGAUAUUUCGUCAGAAGAUCAAAGUGGGUCAAUGACCAGUUCAAAAAGACGGACCCGAGAUAAUACCAUGAAACCACCAUCUCGCAAACGAGCUGCUGGAGGUGCAGUCAACGGCGCAGGGUCUGGUGCCGCCGAAACUGGCGAAGGUUCACGAGCCUCUUCACCUGUUAGUGAGAGUCGAACUACCGGUAGUACAGGAAAAAGCAAACGACAGAGAACAAAAGGGUCUCGAAACCAAGCAUCAUCUGAAGGAAAUUCCGCCGGAGCUUCUGGUGCUUCAACACCCAAAAAAUCGGCUACCCGGCCUGUAGAGCGGUCAAAACCACGAAUCCCUCCACCCCGUUCGACCAUGAGCGAUAUGCGAAAACGAGUAGGGGCCAUUCUCGAGUUCAUAGCCCGAACCCAAAUCGACCAUGCGAACGAGCAAAACGAGCGACACCAGCUGUUACGAGACCGAAACAGUCUCCACCAGCAACUAACGGGCGAGCCUCCACAAACCGACGCCUCCUCUACCAGCGACCAACAGCCCGACCCCACUAGCAAAUUCGCAGGCCUGUUCCAACUGCAUCAGUCCAACCUCGACCAAAUGGACCAGCUCACCCGCAAACUUCUCCACUGGGAACAGCUCUUCGGCCGCUACGGCGAACGCUCCACCCACUAG